AACGCACGCUGAUGUGUCAUGAACACAUAUUUGUAUACCAGUCAGAAAGCUUGACUGUCAUUAUCUGUUUGAUACAAAGAGUGUCCGAGUAUCCGAGUAUCCGUCUUCGUUCGUUGUGACAAAACUAAUGUGGCAUCACUCUAGGAGGGGCCGAGGACACAGGCACAAGGAACAGGGUCGAGCGAACAGGGAACGGGUGGUGGAACAGAAAUCUGAAGACUCAGUGCCUCAUGGCACCUGUAUGACUAUGUGUCCUGCCUAUGAAUUACGUCAGCGAGAAGCACAGAAUCGACUGCACAUGUUUGAGAUGGUUGCCGGCACAGAGCGGGAUCGUUUGCCUCGUGCUGAUGUCUCACGUGCCGUGAAAGAGUAUUCGAGACCUGCUGCAGGAAAAGACUCCACGAGAGCCAGUGACCUUCGACCACCAUCUGUGCUUUUAAAGACUGUGUGUUACCUGGUUGAUGACAUUGCAGCCUCUUCUACUUUUCAGCCAUGGACGGAGGUCUACAGUUUUGUGUUUGACCGUCUGCGUAGUGUUCGGCAGGAUAUGAUUAUCCAGCGAGUGUCGGGGACGGACUGUGUGGCUGUGCUGGAGAAAAGCGUGCGUUUCCUUCUCUACGCCUCCUAUAGACUCUGCGGGCAGCAACUUCAGUAUUUUGACCCGCGCAUCAAUGACACUCACCUGCAGGAAUGCUUGAGCUGGUUGCUGGAGAGCUACAGAGAUGGGAAGCACCAGCAUCAAGAGGAGUUUCAGGCACUGAGUCUUCUUUAUAACUUGGGUUCAACUCAAGCCAUUCAACAUGUUCUUGAGCUCCCUGAGAGAAUACGCAGCUCUCCGACUGUUCAACUGGCUCUGGCUGUAAGCAGAGCACAUAUGGAGCGGAAUCCAGUUCGGCUACUCCGUCUAGCCCAGAAACUAGAUUUUAUCCAGGUGUGCGCCGUCCACCGACACCUGCUGCCCUGCAGGAGAGACCUGCUCCUGCUCUACAGCCACGGACACAGCAGCCGCAACUGCCGCUACCCGCUCCAGAGACUGGCACGCCUCCUCUUUCUAAAAGACGAGCUUGCUGCUGAGCUGUGCCAGGCGCACGGCGUAAAUGUCACUGGAGAGUGGGUGAACUUCUUGAAGAGCUCUUUCACUGACACACCAUCUGGAGAUCUGCAGUGCAGACGUAUGCAUGAGCUACAGGAUGACGAGCAGUGGAACUGCUCUGCCGGCAGCGUGAUUCAUGGCUGUGCCUGAAACUUUGGUUUUUACACACUGUUGUUCAUUUGUGCUGUUUCUUUAGCUUUUAUUUUUUGGGUCAUGUCAUGUUUGUAUUUUUUUAUAAUAAAUAUUUCAGAUCAA